AUGCUGAUGCCGCUGGGCCAGCUGCGCAGCAUCUACGAGCUGCUGUUCCGGGAGGGCGUGCUGGUGGGGCAGAAAGACCCCCGCCCGCGUAGCUUCCACCCGGAGCUGCCCGGGGUCAGCCACCUGCAGGUCUGGCGGGCCAUGGGCUCCCUGCGCUCGCGGGGGCUGGUCCGCGAGAACUUCGCCUGGCGCCACUGCUACUGGUACCUGACGGACGAGGGCAUCGCCCACCUCCGCCAGCACUUGCGUCUGCCGCCAGAGAUCGUGCCCACCACCCUGCAGCGGGCCCGCCGCCCCCUGCCCGCCGCCCGGCCCGCCUCGCGCGCCCCCGGCCUGCAAGCC